AUGACCCAAACAAAAAGAAGAAUAUUUCGAAAAGAUAGGUCUGCUUCUCCUUCCACAACUUCAUCAGGCGCGGAAACGAAUCCAACACUUCAGCAACCAGAAUUAACAACAACAGAAGCCAAAACGCCAAUCAGAAUGAAGCAUGUUACCACUGAUCAAGCUGAUUUGUUUGACUUUUCAAAAUGGGAUUCCGAAAUAUCACCAAUGUAUGUUGUUAACAAAAUAUUCAAUAGUCAUCACAAUUAUUCCAGACAAACAUAUUUAUUAUCUGUCCUUUCAAAGCAAUUAGAAAUUACAAUCAAACAUAACAUUCUUUCUCAUUUCUUUUUUAAUUUGCUUAACCAACAAAACAAGAUAUCAACACAAAAGUUCUUAGAAUUAAUCCAAUCCAUAUCUUCACAACAUCCCGAUCAAAAGAAUACUUUAUUAAUAUCUCUUGCACUUUCCAUAGAGUUACAAUCAAAUAGAUUGCCAGAAGAACACAAUGAUUACGUAUAUCUGGUAAAUAUCACAAAGUCUCUUUUAGAAAACUCUGUUUUUCAAAUUGGUUUACUUAAACAAUUGAUGAAUUUUGAUUUUUUAGGAGCUUGUGGAAUCUCGACUAGGAAUAUGUUUUUAAAAAGCAAAACUCGAGAAUUAUAUACGCAGGACCGUUUUAAUCUUUUACACGAAGAAAAUGAAGGAUUCUCAAAACUAAUUUCAAUCAUCAUAGAUCCAAAUAAUUUGUCAAUUCAAAAGUUGGAACAAAUAACCAAUGAAAUUAUUCAAAUCAUAGGAUUUUUCAACCUUGAACCAAAUAGGGUACUUGAUAUUCUAUUGGAUGCUUACGAAAAUAAUUUAGACAGUGAUGUUUUACUGAAUCUUGUUAGGUCCCUUUUUAAUAAUCAACAUUUGAAGCAUGUUAUUGGAUUUAAACUUUCAAGCUAUCAUAACAAGGUUACUCCAACAAGUUUGAUUGUAAUGAUUGUUAAAUUGAUGCAAAAAGAACUUUUUAUUUUUCAAGAUAUUAUGUAUUAUUUAGGUCCACAUUCUGUUGAUGAUUUGGAGCAUUUUCAUCAUGAAUACGAAACAGAAUUGAAAAGAAGUAGAGAAUACACAAUUACAGUUGAUGGAGCAGUUGAAAAAAUCGAACCCAGAUUUGAAAAAUCGUAUCCAGAGUUUCAAAAGGAUCAAAAAUUUGGAUUAUUAAUCCAACUUUUGAACUUUGAUAUGAUAGCUGAAGCUAUCAGCAUGUUAGACAUCCUAUCAAAAUAUGACCCUCAUUGGAAUUAUGAUAUUUCCAUUGCUUGCUGUAAAUCUAUUGAAAAAAUUUCUACUCCUCUAUAUGAAAAAUAUACUGUAUUGAACAACUAUAUUUCAAUAACCAAUGAUGACAAAUCAACUAUUGAAAAUUACCUCUUUCCUCUUAUUUGCCAUACCAAAUAUGAACUGUAUAGAGAAAUCAAAUCCCUUACAAAGCUCAUACGUCUACUUAAAUUAUAUAUGAAACAACCAAACGACCAUCAUCAAAAACUAGUGCAAGUUUUAGCAUCAAUUCUCUCAUCACUAUGCUUUGUAGGAAUGAACACUUCUAUAGUUUCAGAAUUUUGGAGUAUUUUGGCUCUAUUACCCUAUCAAACCAGAUAUGAAAUUUAUGGCUUUACAAGGCAACACGGUUAUGAGAAACAACCCAAAAUGCUCGCUCAACAAAAUUGGGUGUCGAGAGGUAUUAGACAUAUAUUUAAUAGAAUUUCCUUUGCAAAUGUGAGAACAAAAGCAAGAGAGAUACUUCCAUAUACUGUAUCAAAUCCAAUUAUCGUAUGUGAAGAGUAUAUUAGAAAAUGUGAAACCUACGAUAAUCAAAUACCCCUUUGUGUAGAUGUAUCUCAAUUCUCUCCAGAAAUUUCCCAUGACAUUAUGCAAUACUGUUUACUUAAUAGAUUACUUUCCAAUCAAAGCAGUAACAUUAAGGAAGAUGGUAUUUCUAUAGCAACUUGGCUCUCUAAUUUAGCUAGUUUAUAUGGGCUGUUUUUCAAAACAUACCCAUUUGUGGAUAUGAAACCUGUUCUUAACUAUUUAACCCAAAGAUUGAAGGAGGGACUUUGGGAACAUUUGGUAAUUUUGACUGAAAUUAUCAAAAAUACCUCAACCUUGGAAUAUUCUGAAGAGAUUAAUCAACAUCAACUAGAGGCACAAGCAGGAGGAAAAGUUUUACACAGUCUAGCAGGAACUUUUUCUCCAAACUCUAAAAAUACAGGCGUAGAAUCAAUGAAAAAACUUAAAGAUACAAUACUGUCAAGUGGAAGUGGUGUAUCACUGGUUUUGUUGCUUGCAAAGCUCAGUAAUUAUGGAAUUCAUAUCCAUGAAGAUUAUCAAGAAUGGAAGCAUGUUGCAGAUUCAAAGGAUAUGUGCCAUGUAGCCUACCUUUUAUUAUUGAAAUUCCUCAUUUCAGAAAUCAAGUUUGUCUUUGAAGAAGAGGCUUUGGGUAAUGAACUUAACUCUUCCCUACUUAUUCCAAGUGUGGAUACCUUGAAAGCAUAUGAUUUGUCAACACCAUUUAUUUUUUCAAUUGUAAGACUUACACGCUCUUCCAUCCCACCAAAUAUAUUACAAAGCCUAUUACCAUUAGACAUAAGCAAUAAUGUCACUUCUCAAUUUUAUAACUUUUUCUGGAUGAAAGACCUUUCAGAUAUUUAUGUACCAACUUCCCUUUACAACAGUACCAUGAAUGAAUAUGGCAAUCAUAGAUCCUCCUUAGUAAGAGAAAAGGACGAGCAAAAUCAAAAAUAUGAAGCAUCUAUGAAAGAAUUCAAGGAAAUUUGUCACAAAUUCUUUAUGGCUGAAUCUGAAUUUGUGGACAUGACUACUAUUCUCCAACAUUGCUUUCUUCCUAGAGCUUUGUUUUCUGCAGCUGACUCUUUAUACUGUGCAAAACUUGUCCAUCUAUUACAUACUAGUGAAACUCCAAAGUUUUCGUUCAAUCUCUUUUUACAAUAUUUAUUGGAAUAUGUGCCUGGCUUACUGUUGACCUGUACAGAAAAUGAAGCUAAAAGAUUGAGUAGACUUGUUCAAUUUUUACUCCCAACAGCAAAUAGAUGGUAUGAAAGCCAAAAUGAAUUCAAUCGGGAAUGUAAAAACAAGCCUGGUUCGUUUGUAUCUGUAAAGAAAUAUCCUCAACUAUCUAGCUCAACAGACGAUAUAUACACCAAACUAGAUUUUGAAAAUUAUCAAAAAUUCCACUUUUUAAUAAUGGAAAAUAUGCUCAACAAUUGCAUUUUGCUACUCAAGAGUAAUGAUCAUAUCAAAAUUCGAAUUGCCAUGUUAUUUCUAUCUCCUCUUGUCAAGACAAACACUUUCCCGUUCUAUUCCCGUCACUGUGAUGCUCUUUUAGAGAUAUCAGAUUCAUUGAAAGAGCACCACGUUGAAAAUAUCAAGGUUUUAUCUAACACAUAUUUCCCAUUGAUAACCUCCAUCAGAAAGAAGAGUGAAAAUCCAAGCUUUAUCAAACCCCUAUUGAAAUUCUCUGUUAAGCCAACUAAUAUCAAUAUUCCCUCCAGAGAUAAUGAAAUUCCAGCAAACUCAAUAACUCCAAAUACUGCUAUUUCAGAAAGUGAACUUACCUCUCUCACUCCCCAAAAACAAGAAGACACUCUCGGUGACUUUUCUGAUUCUGGUAGUACCUCACUUUCUCCACCAACAACCCUUUCCACAAAUAUUGAAGCAACAAUUGUUGUUCGAGGAGAAGAUUCGACUAUCCCUCCUAUUGAGAAUACUCCUCUUGAAACACCUACAGUGGAAGAUGUUAAAAUGUCGGAGGCCUCAAAUGAAGCAAUUCAACCUUAUGAUACAAGUUUACCUGAAUCUAAUGUAGAGGCUGCUUCACAAGAUGCUCCUGUGGAGGAUGUUCCUAAAGCAGAAACUGUGGUUACAAUUUCUGUGGAAGAAACAAAGAAUACCACACCAACCAUUACAGAGGAAAAACCCCAAGAGGAAGCUGUUGAUAUUGAGAAAUCUCUAACAGAAGAACCAAAAUCUCCAGAAUACGUCCCAAUUGAACAACAAUUAGAAAAUGAGUACAAAUCUCAAGUACAAGAAUCUGAUAACAUUUUAGAUAGUUCCAAUUCUGAAAAUACCCAAUCUGAUCAAAAUAUGAUGAACUCCAAAUUGGUACAGCUCCUCAAACAGAAACAACAAACAAAAUCAGAGGAUAAAUCUGAGGAAGUUAAGGACUAUGUUAAAGACAUUCAACAAUUACUCAUUCUUCCAAUUAACAAUCCACUCCAAGUAAUCAAGCAAUCACAAAGAACAACUGAAAACACAGCUCCAUCCUCUGAAAGAAAACAAGGCAAUGACUCGAAGGAGAUUCGUUCUCUACAAUCAUCCAGAAGAAUUGAUGAUAAUCUAAAACGUGACACACACCCCUCUUCACAAGAAAGAAGACUAUCAUCAAAUGCUUCUUCAACUAGUAGUAAGGAAUCAUCCCAAAAAAAAGAAUCAGAAACCAAGACAAACAAAUCUAAUGAAGAUAAGUCAGACAUUAGAUAUGAAAGUUCAAGAAGUAGGAACGAUUCAAGAGAGACUCAAAAAAAUGAAAAUAGCUCACAAAAGAAUGACAAUUCUCGUUUGAAUAGAAGUGAAGGCAGAAACCUUGACAAUAGAAACGACAGAAGUGAUAAUAGUAGAAACGAUAGAAGUGAUAAUAGAAACUUUGACAACCGUGAUGCUUCCAGAUACAGCGACAGAUAUAACGAUAGAAGAAGUUCUUCACAAAGCAGUUCCAAUAGGGAUAAUCGAAAUAAUGAUUUUAGAAGAAAUGAUUCUUCUUCAAACAGAUCUGAUAAGGGAACAUCCGGCAAUGAUAGACGAGAUACAAGAGGAGCUGGUGACUCGUACCAAUCUGAUAAGAGAAAUAGUUUGGGUGGAAAUAGUACAUCCUCUGAUAAUAACAGAAGAGGAUCCUCUUCUGGCGAAUUGAAAAGACAAUACAGUAAUGAAUCAUCCUCAAGUAGCUCCAGCAACAAUAGACAAUCAGAACACGAAUCAGAAACAAAGAAAAAACGAUUCCACAGAUAA